AGACACAUAAAUCUUAUUUUUCUAUCACACUUCUCUAUUGGGAGCGAAACCCAUAGAUUUCGUAUGUGAAUUUUCAAUGGCGGAGAUACCGCCACCGCCGACGGUGAAUCAGAUUCCAAGCUCGCCGUGGCCGGCGACGCACAUGACCGACGUGGAUGAAGACGCCUUGGCUCACUGCACCAGCUUCCUAAGCCUCCAGGACGUCUCCAACAUGGCCAUGACCUGCAAGUACCUCCAAAAAGUCGCCUACUCCGACUCUAUCUGGCGCAGAAACUUCAGUGAGAGUUGGCCGCAGCAAACACCUGCAUUUGCUUCGCCGGCGUCAGGAGUUAGGGAAGCGUACUUACGGCGGCGCACGGAUUUGCUGCAGUUCAAGUUUUCGGAUCCGGUUGUCGCCGAUUUCGUCACAGAUACAAAGCCUGUUGACCACAUUUUAUUGAAUGAGAAACAGAUAAUCUUCUCUAAGGGUCCGGUGAUACAAGUGAUAAAGAUUGAUGACUGGUUAAGUGGGAGGGAUUCGGUUGUCACACUAAGUGAUCACAGUGCAAGGAUUACUUGUAUGAGACUGUUUUCACUUAAUGAAACAUCUUUAUAUCGAAGUGAAGAACAAAGGAAAGAGAAUGUUUUGGUCACUUCAAGCUCUGAUCAUUGUAUCCGGCUAUGGUGGAAGGGUUCUUGCCGACGAUGUUUAACAGGUCACAGAGGCUCAGUUACAGCCCUGUCUGAUAAAUUGCUAGGCAAUGGUACUGGAAAAGUAUUGGCAAGUGGAGGGGAAGAUGGCACAGUUCGCCUUUGGUCUCUUAGUUCCAGUGGAAGACGUGGCAAGUAUGCUUUAAAGGCUACUUUCUAUGGACAUCAGAAACCCAUCAAAUUGAUGUCAGUUGCUGGGCAUAAAACUUCUAUUUUGGUAACUGUUACAGGAGAUUCUAAGGUGAGGUUAUGGGAUGCAGCUUCACAGUCUGCUGUUCCUUCUUCAUCUUGUGUGGGAAUGACUUCAGUUCCUGGUCCCCUUGUAAACAUGAAGUGCCAUGAACAGUUGCUCUAUCUUGCCGCCGGUUCCUCUGUUGUUGUAAUCGAUCUGAGGACAAUGCGACAAGUUAUCUCAUAUUCUAUAGAUGAAAAAUUAUAUUCUUUUGAGGCCAUUCCUUCAAAAUCCUUAUUCUGCGUAGGCAGUAACAAUGGCAGAGCGAUGCUUUACGAUAUCAGGAGGGUCAAGCUUUACAACUCGAAAGCAGAACUAGUAACUGAGUUGGAUGGUGGACACACUGGGCCCUUAACUCACUUGCACAUGGAUCCGUACAAAAUUGUUACAGGAGGCCGUGGCAGGGAAGACUCUCAUGUUAAUGUUUGGGAAUCCAACACUGGUGCGCUCAUCAGUUCCUUAACUUGUGAUAUGGAGGAAGCCAGUAUGGAUGCCCUAGCUGUAAAUGGGUGUCGAAUUGUUACUGCCAACACUAGCCAUUUGGAAAAUUCGGGAGUUCUACGCUAUAGGGACUUCAACAAUGCUUCAUGUCCUGCAGUUAAUAGAGAAGGUGGCCAUCUUUCAAAGUUUUGGAAUCCACAAUCUUAUAGUGAUAGUGAGACUGAAUAGAUUUGCUUCUACAUAAUUUAUGGAGCCACAAAGCUGAUAUGAAAAUAUUUGAACUUUGAAAUUGUUAUACCGUAUAUACCUCAAAGAAUUACUGC